AUGUUUGGUGUCCUAGUCCUUCUCCAGGAACUAUGGAGCACUUAUUCCUUGACGAUUAUCAUCACGACGGCCAGCUAUAUGGCAUUAGUUCAGUUCCUUCGAUACCGCCGCAUGGAAAAUAUCAAGGCUCCAUACGCCAACCAUGAGAGGCCAUUGUCAAGCAUGACUGUCCAAGAGGCUCACAUUAUCAUGAAGCAGUUGCAGGAGAUGGAAUUUCCAUCCGCGUUUGCCAAGGCGCGUAUCCCGUCCAUGUCGAAGCUUUUUGCUGUUACCGGCCAAAACAAUAAACGUAAUGCAGGUCGGCGUGCUGUUGACACGGAAAUACUUCUCAGAGAAUCGCAGUCCCAGCCUCGAGAUUCGGAUCGUUAUGCAUCGGCUGUGGCGAGAAUGAACUAUCUCCAUGCCCGUUACCGCCGCGCCAACAAAAUUACCGAUGAUGAUCUCCUCCAUACCUUGGGCGAUGGUCUUACCGAGAUCUUGAACGUGGUUGAAAGAGAAGAGUGGCGGAAGCUGACGGACGUGGAAUUGUGUGCUCUCGGUAUCUUUCAUAAGAACCUCGGGGAAGACAUGGCAAUCCCAUUCGAUGUGCUUCCCUCUAAAGCAACAGGAUGGAAAGAUGGCUUGCACUUUGCGAUAGAACUGAAGAAUUGGACGGUUUGCUAUGAAGAAGAAGUUGCGCAGCCAACCGUGACGAACGAUCAAUAUGUCCGAGUUUACGUUGAUUCCGCGCUGCCUGGCUUUCUGAAAGCCGUGAUGCGACAGAUGCUGGGCGCUGAUUUGGACGACUGUAUGAGGACAAGCCUUGGUCUUGAAUCUCCUGGCCUGCUUCUCUCGCUUGUAAUACGCCUCGUUCGAAGUUCACGAAAGUUCGUCCUUCGAUACCUCACACUCCCACGUCCCCCAUUCCUUGCUGUCCGGCUCGUGCACGAUAUGCCAAACCCCGAAACAAAAUUGUAUAAUUUUGACAGAAAAGUUCUGCAGCCAUGGUACAUACAACCUACUCUUUUGUCAAAAUGGGGCCCUGGGGCGCUACUGGUUCGAUUGUUCGGAGGCAAGGUGCCUGGUACGCACGGAGACCGGUAUCUGCCACAAGGAUAUGACUUGAUGACAAUCGGACCAGAGCCACAGAAGGGGAAGGGAUUGAAAGAGAUGAGUCCUGACAUCGACAUAAUCAGGGCGAGGGGGGGGCCACAUGUCCGUUUUCUCAGUCAAAGUCAGGCAGCUUCAAAUGAGGGUUGUUUGGGUACUACCUAUCGAGAUGGGAGCUCAUGUGGCGAUUUCUACAUUAUUUUCCAAGCACAAUCACCGAUGUUUGUUCAGAGAAACAUGUUUAAACCAUGA